GAAAAAAUGUCUGGAUUCUUAGAAGGCCUGAGAUGUUCCGAAUGCAUUGAUUGGGGGGAAAAACGUAAUACUAUUGCUUCCAUUGCUGCUGGUGUUCUAUUUUUCACAGGCUGGUGGAUUAUCAUAGAUGCAGCUGUUAUUUAUCCCACUAUGGAAGAGUUCAACCACUCGUACCAUGCCUGUGGUGUUAUAGCAACCAUAGCCUUCCUAAUGAUUAAUGCAGUAUCAAACGGACAAGUUCGAGGUGAUAGUUACAGUGAAGGUUGUCUGGGUCAAACAGGUGCUCGAAUUUGGCUGUUCAUUGGUUUCAUGUUGGCGUUUGGAUCUCUGAUUGCAUCCAUGUGGAUUCUUUUUGGAGGUUAUGUUGUUAAAGAAAAAUCCACUGUAUACCCUGGAAUUGCUGUGUUUUUUCAGAAUGCCUUCAUCUUUUUUGGAGGACUGGUUUUCAAGUUUGGUCGCACUGAAGACUUAUGGCAGUGAAGACAUUCCACAGCACAGCAGCCCUGCCUGGGUUUUUUACUGCUCACUCCCAGUCUUUUGUAAUGCCAUUUUCUAAACGUAUUUCUGAGUGUAGUCUUGGCUUAAAAUUAUGUAAUACUAAAAUCAUGAGCUCUUCCAAUUUCAACAACAAAAAUAUUGUGGUUUGUACUUGAUUAACUUAUAAAAUGUUACAGGAAACAAUUUCACGUAAUUUUUAAUGACGUCUUCUCAUGGUAUAAUUUGUAAAAAUAAAAAGGAACUACAAAAGAAAU